CUUUGGUACCGGACACAGAUCAGGCUUCUACAUGAGCAGAGCUCAACGCUGAGGCAACAGAAAUAAACAGAAGAACUGAGCUGAUCUUCCACGUUACUGUGACCCGACCUGGAAUAACCACAAAUAAUGGCUCCAGAGUGUUUUAGAUUCACUUCCAUGCAUUUAUGGUAAAAAUCUGUGGCCCUUUUAAUUAAUGUUUCUUCUUUUAAGUCAAUAUGUUAUCCUUUAUCACGUCGUUUCUUCCGACUUCCUACCUCAUACCGGGAUGGUUGACUCUAGAUACGAAUCCAGUGGACAGCUUACUUCAAGGGCUUGUGGGAGCGUGUGGGAUCUCUGUGCUAUGCUCCUUGAUCAGACUGCACUUGUUUUUAGAAGAGAGCUGGAGUGAUGAAAAUGAUAAAGACACGUCAAGCCAGAGGGCACCCAGUCAUCAAAGGAGAACUAAAACUGGACUUACUGGAAUGCUCCAGUUUCUCUUUGUGACUGGGAUGCUGGCGGUGGUGGGCUCCCGUGUGGCGUCCCUGGUCGUACUAGAGUUUUGUCUCCGGGCUGUCUCUGGAUGGGUUACAGCUGGACCAGACUCCAGGAAAUUUCUGCUGCAGCUGUUAGUUCAGAGCCAGUUCUCUCUGGGCUGCGCUCUGAGCUGCAGUCUGAACUUUCUCCACGAGGGGGCGUCGCAGCGCUGGCUAUGUCUGCUCCUGGCAGCAGCACUGAGCUGGUUCCUGGCUCGGCAGGCCACGCGCCUGCUGCACCAUGUCAUGGCUCUUUAUAAACUCCACAGCUCACAGCGCUACUGCGGCAUUUGCAUCAGCCUCCUCACAUCAGGCCGCUGUCUGCUGCCCAUGCUGUGCAGGACUAUGAUCAUUACCUUCUCUGUGGCUGUGGUGGCCGCUGUGUCAAUCAUUAAUCAACACUUCCUCUCUGCAACAGAGGCCCUCAGGUUUUGGACACCCUUGACUAUCUGUUAUACACUGCUGGUGGUUUACAUGCAGGAGGAUCAGCACCGUCUGCCCGGCGGCCAAGCUGUCCUGAACGCAGUGGUGGUGCGCCUCGGGGGUUUGAUGGUCCUGAUGCUGACUGUUGGACGCUGGGCCGACGUGCUCCACAUCCUAAUGUGUUUCCUGGGUGAGGCCAGCUGUCUAAUCCCCAAUAAGGAUCUGCUGGAUGCAGCAUCCUCACAGGAUGAAGAGGAGUACACACACUACGCAAAAAGUGAGCGUCGAAGGAGACCACAAGCACAAGAGAAGGAGCAUCACAGAUAGUUGCUCAGUGGUUUUUUAAUAUCUAGUGGCAAUUCAUUUUAAUGGGGUUAUUUAGAGUAGCUCCAACAAUUAAUGCUUUUGUACUUAAAAUGUAAUAUUUUUUCAUUAAAAAUUCCAAGCAGCAUGA